GCCUGCCCGCGCGCCUGCCCGCGCGCCUGCCCGCGCGCCUGCCCGCGCGCCUGCCCGCGAGCCUGCCCGCGGCAUCCCCUCCGAGGGGCGGCAGGCAUGGACGCGGCGCCGGAGAGGCAGCGCGCGGCGCCCGCCCUGUCUCCAGCCAUGAUCGCCAUCAUGGAGGGCCAGGUGGAAGAGAUGCGGCAGUCCCUGAUGCGCUUUAAGGUAUGUGCCUCCGAUGCCGCGCAGCCAGCCGCCCUGCAGGACACCUCGGCGUCCGCCGCCGCGCUGGCCGCUGGCGGCGCCGCGGCGGCGCUUCCGCCGCACGCGGACGUCCUGGUGUUCGGGCCCAGCGGCAGCGGGAAGAGUAGCCUCAUCCGCACUUUCUACAUGGCGCUCCACCAGACCAGGGCCGUCCCGGCGGACUUUGCGGACAGGAUAAUCGUCAAGGAUACCGCGAUGAACGAGGGCACCCUGAAGUACGUGUCCGCAAUCAUCCCCGCGAAGCUGGACCACAGGGGCGCCACGAUCUCCUCCGCCAUCAUGUGCCACGACACCAGAGGGCACAUCUGGAUGGACGAGCGCGAGCAAAAGCAGCUCGGCAUCAUUUUGGAUGGCGCCGUCAAGGACGACUCCCUUGUCCAGCAGCGGAACUACAGAUACGCCCGCCUGCUCUACGAGUUCUGGCGCAAGGACGUGGACCUCUUUCCCGCCGAGAUCCUCGUCCGCAGGGGGAACACUCUGGCCACGAAGCCCCACGCGGUGAUAUUCGUCUUCGACGGGUCCAUGGAGGAGAUCCCGGACGGCGAGGAGGAGACCCGCUUCUACCGCGAGAUCAUCCAGAUGCUGCGGGCGAAGGGCUACCUGUACCCGCAGGUUGUCCUCACGCGGAUCGAUCGCGUCGAGGAGAACCUCGUGCAGGCCGCGUCGCACGGGGACGCGGGCGAGGACGCCGCGGACCCGGAGCUGCGGCUGCGCCAGGUCCUCGACAGGAAGAUCGAGGACGUGGUCGUCAAGCUCGGGGUGCCCCGGGGCUCCGUGCACUUCAUAGAGAAUUAUUCAAGACGGGGGACGUGGACGGAAGCGGAAGGAACGUCUCCGUGGACUUCCACGCCCUCAAGAUCCUGUCGCAGUGCUGCUGCCACGCGGACACCUUCGUCGCGCAGCAGACGCGCGGCGCGGCGGCCAGGCCGUCCCAGUGUUCUGUGCAGUGAGCCGAGCGGCGCGCGGCGUCGCCUUGGCGGCGCGGCGGGGCGCGCGGGGGCGAGCUCAUCCCCAGCGGCUCUUGCACACUCGCGCUCAGCCCUCCCCCCUCCUGACCACUCGCUCCCU